AUGAGGGCUGGACAGGAGCUGAUAGUUAUUAGUCUGUGGUUUGUGCUCCAUACGAACCGAGCUUCGCCCAUAAGCAAGGCAGCAGCCCUGCUAGGAGAACAGGUUUUUUUUCCCCUUUUUGGAAACACCACUCCUGACUCGUGACUCAAACUCUCCUGGGAGAUUUAGAUAGUCGCCAUGUUUAAUUUGAUUAAGAAGGACAAAGAGAGGGAAGGGAGCAGGAAAGAGAAGAAAGAGAAAAAAGAGAGGAUGUCUGCGGCAGAGUUGCGCAGCCUGGAAGAGAUGAGCAUGCGGCGGGGCUUUUUUAAUCUGAAGAGGGAGGCUAAGCGGGACUCUAAGAACAAAGUGGAGAUCUCCAACCCAAUUCCUAUCAAAGUGGCCUGCACCAAUGAGCUUUCCCUCACAGAUAUUGAGUCAGACGAGUUCAGCAACCGCAGCAGCGUGGUCCUGGACGACCAGCUAAGCAUCGCCAGCUCCACCGAUGACUGGAAAGGUGAGGGUGGAGGAGGCCAGGACGGACACCGCGGCUCUGUGCGGGAUCGGGUGGCUCACUUUGGUUCACUUGCCAAGCAGAACUCCUCACAGGUGGGGCAGAUGAUGAAACGCUUCUCCUUCUCGCAGAGGAGCAAGGAGGAGACCCCAUCAGAGGGCUCCACGCCUUCUGGGCAGAAUUCUGCAGCUCCCUCACCGCAGGUAGAGAACAAGGUUUUCAACUUGCUUCGCAAGCACAGCCAAAGACUUCAACCAGAUGCAGCGGACGCCAAAAAAGCUUCCAUCCCUGAACUGGUUGAUAAGACGUUUCCUGCACCUUUACUGCUGCCUGCUGUGGUUGCACCAAGUGUCCCAGAAACACGGGAGCUGGAGCUGCAGAGGCGCAGCACUGGCGACUUUGGGUUUUCUCUGCGUCGCACCACUAUGCUCGAUCGCAACCCUGAUGGAGGAGUCUACAGACGCAUGGUCCACUUCGCUGAGCCUGGUGCUGGCACCAAGGACUUGGCCCUUGGACUCGUGCCUGGCGACAGGCUGGUGGAGAUAAAUGGCCUGAACGUGGAAAACAAGAGCCGUGACGAGAUAGUGGAGAUGAUCCGUCAGUCAGGAGACACAGUUAGGCUGAAGGUUCAACCCAUCCUGGAGCUGAGCGAGCUGAGCCACUGCUGGUUGAGGAACAUGGAGGGGCUACGCAGGGAGACCAGACAUACGGAAAGGGACGGGCUAGCAGGCCGGGCACAAUCAGUCCCUGCGCUAGCUCCUGCCAGAGGGUUGUUCAAGUCAAAAAGUUCUUCACCAGUUUCCUGGGCUGAUUCCACUGAUCCUGCCAGAGGUUCCUCCCCACCAAGUGUUGGUAUGCAUCUUAAAGUCCCAGAGUACUUCAAAAGCCCCGAACCACCACUGAAGAUAACAGCAAAAUUAAAAAAACCUGAGCCUUUACAAGUCCAGAGGACAGAGGCAGUUUGCUGUGAGCGUGGAAAAAAUGGAAAUGUUGGCAAGAGUAUUCUCAGUGGUCUGACGAAUGGUAAUGUUAAUUCUUUAGACAUCAACACCAGCCAGAUAAAUGCUACAGAUGACCAGAGGAUGGCAUGCAAAACACAAGUAAAUGGGGUUCAUCUUUUUACCAAAAAAACCUUACCCACAGAAGAUGAAGAGGCCAUAGUACCAACCCAAAGUUUUGCCGAAACCUCAGGGGGAGCUAAAAUUACAGCUGAACCACUCAGACCAGUUCCAGGACCAAGAACAGCUCCACCACCAAAGGCCAAAAUAGUGACAGUAUUCUCUUUCAAACAUGAAUUUAUCAAAAUGGAAAACAAAGAAGACAUUUCACAGGGUCUGGCACAUUUUAUGGUUGGAGACAAGAAAAAAGAACUUCGCCCACUAAUAAUCAAGGAUCACCAACUAGAAAAUGUAGUGAAAAUGAAACGACAUGAAGAGAAGAAGAAAUGUGAGCUAAGAGAAACAAAACACAAGCAAACAGGGGGCACAGUGACUCAGCUGUUACAGGGAAAUCAUCACACAGAAUUAAAGGAAGCUUCAUCAGCUCCUAUUGGCUUACCUCAGACUAUUUCCAAAAUCAAAUCUUCUGGACCUCCUAAGUCAACCAUGACUUCCCAUCCUGGUGCCACAUUUGCAACCACUCCAUGUAGCCCACCUGCUAGUAAAUCUUCUCUCGUUCCUUUAACACAAUCUGUCCGUGGUGUAAAUACCUCCAUAGCUGGAACCGGGGGUAGUGAUCUGCAUUCCAGUUCUGCUCCAUCUUCUCCCUCAUCAGGAAAAAUCCCUGUUCAACAAGCUGCUGUCAGUCAGGAAGAGGUGAAGACAGAAGAGCAGAUUACAGCAGAGCAAGCUUGGUAUGGCUCAGAGAAAGUUUGGCUUGUUCACAAGGAAGGGUUCUCUCUUGCCACUUUGCUGAAGACAGACUCUGGCUCGCUCCCAGAGGGAAAGGUAAAAAUCAAACUGGAACAUGAUGGAACAAUAUUGGAUGUGGAUGAAGAUGACAUAGAAAAGGCCAACCCUCCAACCUAUGACCGCUCAGAGGACCUUGCUUCACUGGUCUACCUAAAUGAAUCCAGUGUCAUGCACAGCCUGAGGCAGCGCUAUGGCGGAAAUCUCAUCCAUUCCUUCGUUGGACCCAACAUGCUCAUCAUCAACCCUCUCAGCACACCUUCUAUGUAUUCUGAGAAGGUCAUGCACAUGUUUAAAGGCUGUCGGCGGGAGGACACUGCUCCUCACAUCUACGCUGUGGCCCAGUCAGCGUACCGCAACCUGCUCACCACCCAGCAGGAUCAGUCCAUUGUGCUUCUUGGCAAGUCUGGCAGCGGUAAAACCACCAACUGCCAGCAUCUGGUCCAGUAUCUGGUCUCUAUUGCUGGAAGCACGGGCAAGAUCUUCUCUGCUGAGAAGUGGCAGGCAGUCUACACAAUCCUAGAGGCUUUUGGCAACUGCUUUACAACUAUGAACACGAAUGCCAGCCGCUUCUCUCAUGUUGUGUCCCUGGACUUUGAUCAGGCUGGGCAGGUGGCUUCUGCCUCCAUUCAGACAAUGCUGCUGGAGAAACUGAGGGUGAGCAGAAGACCUGAAGCAGAGUCCACCUUCAAUGUGUUUUACUACCUGAUGGCUGGAGCUGACAGCGUUCUGAGAACUGAGUUGCACCUUAACCAGCUAAAGGAAAGCAGUGCUUUUGGGAUUCACCCACACUCCAAGACCGAAGAAAAGCAGCGGGCUAUACAACAGUUCACCAAGCUGCAGGCUGCAAUGAAGGUCCUGGGGAUCUCUGUAGAAGAACAGAAGGCUCUCUGGCUUAUUCUUGGGGCCAUUUAUCACUUAGGGGCUGCUGGAGCCACUAAAGACGAAGAUGAAGCAGGACGCAGGCAGUUUGCCCACCACGAAUGGGCCCAGAAGGCAGCCUACCUGUUGGGCUGCACCCUGGAUGAACUGUCUUCCCUGAUUUUCAAGAAUCAGACCAGGGGAAUGCAGCCUUUGUUCAGAGGAGGAACGGAUGAUGCUAGUCAAGGUGAUGGCAUAGGCUCCAAAUUCACAGCUCUGGAAUGUUUGGAAUCAAUGGCAUCAGGACUGUACUCCGAGGUCUUCACUGUGGUCAUCUCACUCAUAAACAGGGCUCUGAAGUCCAGCCAGCACUCUCUCUGCUCCAUUCUGAUCGUGGACACGCCAGGUUUCCAGAACCCACGCCUGGCUCAGCAGCAAAGAGGAGCUACAUUUGAGGAGCUGUGCCACAACUACACACAGGAGAGGCUGCAAACACUGUUUCACGAGCGUACCUUUGUCCAAGAGUUGGAAAGAUAUAAGGAGGAAAACAUAGAGCUUGUUCUAGAUGACGUAGAGUCCAGUCCCUCCCUGUCUAUAGCAGCUAUUGAUCAAGCCCCAUCUCAAGCUCUGGUUCGUACUCUUGCCCAGACCGAAGAGGCUCGAGGCCUUUUGUGGCUGAUGGAGGAAGAGGGUGUUAAGCCUGGAGGUUCAGAGGAAAUCAUGUUGGAGAGACUCUUUAGCUACUACAGUGCCGGUCUGGGAGAAAACAAAGGAGCCAGUCUGUUGCUGCGAGGGGAAAAGUCCAGCCUUUUCCUUCUGGGUCACAGCCAUGGAACCGACUGGGUGGAGUACAACAUUCAGGGCUGGUUGGGCCAUGCUAAGAACAAUCCUGCAGCCCAGAGCGCUGCCACUCUGCUGCAGGACUCUCAGAAGAAGAACAUUAGUGGUCUGUUCCUGGGUCGAUUCAGUGGGGCCACAGUCUUAUCGGGCUCUAUCGCUGGUCUGGAAGGCAGCUCUCAGCUUGCCCUGCGGCGAGCCACCAGCAUGAGGAAAACCUUCACCACAGGUGUUGCUGCUGUCAAGAAAAGAAGUCAUUGUAUCCAGGUCAAACUUCAAGUGGAUGCUUUAAUUGACAUGGUGCGUCGCUCCAAGGUUCACUUUGUUCACUGCCUGCUGCCUAAAGCAGAGGCAUUUGGAGGAGGUGACCCACGUGUACCUCAUGGAGAGAGCUCUGACUCGGGUCUCAUGACUUUAGAUGUGGGGCUCCUGAGAGCUCAGCUUCGAGGAUCUAAGCUGUUAGAUGCCCUGCGCAUCUACAGGCAAGGUUACCCAGACCACAUGGUGUUCUCGGAGUUCCGCAGACGCUUUGAUGUCCUCGCACCACAUUUGACCAAAAAACAUGGUCGAAACUACAUAGUACCAGAUGAGAAAAGAGCAGUGACGGAGUUGCUGGAGUCCCUGGAGCUGGAGAAGAGCUGCUACCACUUGGGGCUAAGCAAGGUCUUUUUCCGAGCUGGGACUUUGUCUAGGCUGGAGGAACAGCGUGAUGUCCAGACCAGGAGGAACAUCUCUCUGUUCCAGGCUGCAUGCAGAGGGUAUCUGGCCAGACAAGCAUUCAAAAAAAGGAAGAUCCAAGAUCUUGCCAUCCGGUGCAUCCAGAAGAACAUCAACAAGAACCGUGGCGUGAAGGACUGGCCUUGGUGGAAACUCUUUACAACUGUUAGACCUUUGAUAGAGGUGCAGCUCACUGAGGAGCAGAUCCGUGGAAAGGAUGAGGAGAUUCAACAGCUGAAACAGAAGCUGGAAAAGGUGGAGAAGGAGAGGAACGAGCUGAGGCUCAACAAUGACCGUCUUGAGAGCAGGAUCACAGAGCUGUCCACAGAGCUUGCUGAUGAGAGGAACACCGGAGAGUCGGCUUCCCAGCUGCUGGAGGCAGAGACCUCCGAAAGACUUCGUUUGGAGAAGGACAUGAAGGACCUGCAGACAAAGUUUGACAGCAUGAAGAAACAGAUGGAGUCCAUGGAGAUGGAGGUCAUGGAGGCUCGACUCAUCAGGGCUUCUGAACUCAAUGGAGAGAUGGAUGAUGACGACACAGCAGGAGGAGAGUGGAGGCUAAAGUAUGAGCGAGCCAUCAGGGAGAUUGAGUUCACCAAGAAAAGACUGCAACAGGAGUUUGAUGACAAGCUGGAGGCAGAGCAGCAGAACAAACGGCAGCUGGAAAGAAGGAUUGGGGACUUGCAGGCUGAUAAUGAAGAGUCUCAGCGAAACAUUCAGCUGUUAAAGAAAAAGAAUCAGCGGCUGAUAGCUGAGCUGCAGGACACUAAACUGCACCUGGAGGGCCAACAGAGCCGGAACCAUGACCUGGAGAAAAAGCAGAGGAAGUUUGACAGUGAGUUGAGUGCAGUCCAGGACGAGGUGCAGAGGGAGAGGAGCCUGAGGGAGAAACUAGCUCGGGAGAAGGACAUGCAAAGUGGAGAGGCCUUCAGCCUCAGACAGCAGCUGGAGGACAAGGACCUUGAAUUGCGUACAGUUCAUUUGAAACUCGACCAGAUUGAAGCAGAGCUGCAAGACCUUAACUCCCAGGAAUCUAAGGAUGAAGCAUCACUUGCUAAGAUGAAGAAACAGCUUCGCGAUAUGGAAGCCAAGAUCAAAGACCAGGAGGAGGAGCUGGAUGAGCAAGCCGGCACCAUCCAGAUGUUGGAGCAGGCCAAGCUACGGUUGGAGAUGGAGAUGGAGCGUUUACGUCAGACUCAUUUUAAGGAGAUUGAAAGCAAGGAUGAUGAGGUGGAGGAGAUCAGACAGUCAUGCAGUAAGAAGCUGAAACAAAUAGAGUUGCAGCUUGAAGAAGAGUAUGAUGAAAAGCAGAAGGUGCUGAAGGAGAAGAGAGAGCUGGAGGCAAAGCUUCUGUCGACACAGAGCAAGGUGACAAACUCUGAUAUAGAGACUGAGAAACGCCUGAAGAAGGACUUAAAGAGGACCAAGGCACUGCUGGCUGAUGCCCAGAUCAUGUUGGACCACAUCAAGAACAAUGCUCCCAGCAAGAGAGAGAUCGCCCAGCUGAAAAAUCAGUUGGAAGAGUCUGAGUUCACCUGUGCAGCUGCUGUUAAAGCCCGGAAAUCCAUGGAGGUGGAGAUUGAAGACCUACAUGUUCAGAUGGAGGAGAUCUCUAAGGCCAAACAGAUGCUGGAAGAACAGCUGAGCCGUGUUCAAAGAGAGAAGAACGACCUGCAGUCCAGAAUGGAGGAGGAUCAGGAGGACUUCAACGAGCUGAUGAAAAAACACAAGUCUUCUGUGGCCCAGUUGGCUCAGAAUUUGGCUCAGAUUAAUGACCUGCAGUCUCAGCUGGAGGAAGCCCUCAAGGAGAAGCAAGAAGUUCAGGAAAAGAUGCAAGUCCUCCAGAGCCAGCUGGAGUUCCAGGAGCAGUCCAUGGUUGAAAAAUCUCUUGCCAAUCGUCAGGAGGCCAAGAUCCGUGAACUGGAAACCAAGAUGGAGUUUGAAAAGACACAGGUUAAACGACUGGAGAACCUUGUUGCUCGUCUAAAGGAGAAUGUUGAGAAACUGACUGAAGAACGAGAUCAACGCAUCAGUAGUGAGAAUCGUGAGAAGGAGCAAAAUAAGCGUUUGCAGAGGCAGAUCCGAGAUGUCAAAGAGGAGAUGGGUGAACUUGCUAAAAAGGAAGCAGAGGCAACCCACAAAAAACAUGAGCUGGAGAUGGCUAUUGAGAGCCUAGAAGCUGCAAAUCAGAGCCUUCAGGCAGACCUUAAACUGGCCUUCAAAAGGAUAGGUGACCUGCAGGCAGCCAUUGAGGAUGAGAUGGAGAGUGAUGACAAUGAAGACCUCAUAAACAGUUUGCAGGAUAUGGUGGCAAAGUACCAGAAAAGAAGGAUUCGAACUCAGGGCCAUUCAGACACAGACUCUGAGCUGGAGGAUCGUGCGGAUGGAGUGAAGUCUUGGUUGUCCAAAAACGAUGGCUCUGCCAAGAACCUGUCAGAUGAUGGCAGUUCCAGAAUCAACAGAAUGAUCAGGGUGGCUCACUUUCUGCUCCACCAGCCGAAGGCGCUCCCGCUUUGACCGAUCUGAUGAAGAGGAGGAAGAAGUGAACGAUGGAGGUCCAGGGAUGCUGGGCUUAUCCCGCUCCAGAUACAGACAUAGCAGCCAUUUGAAAGAUGAUGACGAGGAGGAUGUGUCGUAGUCCUCGCUGUGCACCCUCUGGAGUGCCCUCUCAGGCUAAUGUAACACACUUGGUUUUGCAUGCAGAAUUGUCAACAAAAGUGCAAUGGUCUGCACUAACAGACAUUUGGAUUCAGUGGAGCUGAUGCAACAGUUCUACGCUAACAUCUGCUUGCUGCUUUAACCAUCUGGUGUUUGAAAUUGAACUACAGACUCAGAUAAAUAUAGUUUUUUCCCUCUAUUCACAGUUCACACCUAAACACCAAAAUUAUACAGGUUUCUAUACCACUAUGUAUUGCCAAAAGGUAUUAGCUAGAGGUACAUAUGUACGCUAUGUAACUGUUUUACAAUUGAUGUCCUAAGAAAAGCACCAGCUUCUUUUUUGUCUUUCCUAUUUUAAACAAGUGCUGUUUGAAAUAAACAAACAGGUGAGCUGUGCAGCUUCCUGAGCUGCUGCACUGUCCAUCCAUAAGUUUCUUACUUUCCUGCAGUAUGCUCAUAAAUGAUAUAUUCCUUCCAAAGAAAGAAGACUGCAUCCCUCGAAAGAUAAAAUAAUCUUUUGGUUUGGCUGAUAACUGCUGGUAGACAAAUCCACUUUCUGAAGAGUUUCAAGUUAACUUAAAUAUGGUUUUAUCAUAUGGUUUUUAUUAUUUCCUUUUCCAUGGAAUCGAGUUUAUAAUGCACAUUUUGUUUCCUAAAUUAUUGUCCCUCCCUAAAUAGUCAUCAUGCAUACCUUUAAAAAAUGUUUGCCUGGUUUAAAAACGUGUUUUAUUCUUCAAGGACCUUUUUCUGUUUCAUCUAAUAAGCAACAAUACUGUCCAGGGUUUGGAGCACAAUCAUUGUUUGUUUUUUACAUUUAGGAUUGAUUAGGUUCUGGAGAGGGUUUUGUUUGGGUGAUGCAUUGUCUUUGAAACAAGAUGCUGUUACUCUGCAACACCAGAAGUUUUACACUUGUAGUCAAGAAGAUUUUACUGAGUUAACAAGGUAUCAACAGAUUUCUAGUUUUUCAUUGUGCUCCUCGCACAAUCAUGAAACAGGUUAUUGUUGCAGAGGCAACUCCAUCACAACCAUAAUGAGGUUGAUACAUCUGGUAGUGCAUGUUGAUGUUUCUCUUCAGACACUUUAACAUAUUUCCACCCAAAUAGUAUAGUUAUCUUCUUUGAUGUAAACUUUUGAAUAUUUAAAGUAAAACCUCAUGCCAACACCCUUUCAUCGUUUACAAAGCAAAGCAGACUAACUCAUGACUUAAUUAACAUGCAAAACAAGCUUAGGACAAUUUUGCAACAAUAAAGUCCUCAGCUGCAGAGUCUUUUUAGUUUUGUGCAUUAUUCCUAAUUGCUAAACAGAAAAGGUUUGUAAAACACAUAACACUGCAAUGAUCUCAAUCGUCUGUUGAAAGCACUGGUGAAACCACUGAUCAGCACAAGCUUUGGAUUCUUCGUAAGCCAUUAUCAGCUUAAUGACAACACGCAGAAAAUAUACAAAUACAUGCAUCCACUACUUCAGGACAUGACCAGUUCAAGCUGGGGCUUGUUGUUUUUGCCAUUCUUUUAGCUUUCUGCAGUGUGUGUGAAUGAAUUAUGUUACUGCAGCUGCUUUACUGCUUUCAAACAGACAUAUUUAAAACUGUCUAUAAACUACUUUAAUUGAAAAAAAUUAAAUGAUGUCAUUCUGCUGACUCGUCAAUAUGAGCAAGUAAGGGUUGUAGAUUCUAAUGGUGUAAAUGUGUAUUCAGGUAACAGGAUGUAAAUUGUUCAGAGGAUCAAUAGGGCACGCAGAAACCGAUUUGGUGUAGAAGAGUCAUCGCUAGUAGUGAGAAGCUGAGGGAAGAGGACAGGAGAGUCAGUGCGUGUAUGUUUGGUUUAGGUAAAGCCAGAACGAUUGAGUGCAGGCUCUCUGCUGCACAAUGCCCAGCAUAGUCUCUUUGACUCAGUUCAUUAAAGUCUCUCUUACAUCCUUUGGGCAGACCUGCUGCACCCACUAAAGGCAUUACAUUUUCAUCCCUUCAUUGGAUCUGGCAUUGAGGAUCUACAUGUCCCUACUCAUAUUCUGUGUCUUACAGCUUAAGCCCAGUGGUUUAGGUUUUAUUUGUGUCACAUUUUGUUCAUUUUAAUUUUGAGCAGCAAGGAAACUUGUACUUGAAUUUUAACCUUUGGCCACUCACUUCAUGUGGGGUCUUGGGUUUUAUUGGAAAGUGUGAAAGCCAUUUAAAUUCUGGCAAAAACAAGUGGACGUUCUCGGUCUGCGAGUUCAAUUGGUGGGAUUUGAAAAUGUGUGCUUUUUGGAAGCUUUUUUGAUAUAUUGGAAAUUGACACAUAAGUGAAAGUAGGUAUUUUUACUGACAACCACCCCAUUUUUUGCCAUAAAAUAAAGCCUAAACCCUUACUGGACACUGUAUUUAUCCAAAAAAUUUAUGAUUCAUGCUAACUUUCUUUUGUUUUUGAUUUUUCGUUUGUUUUUUUCUUCACUGAAAACUGACCACUUGUUAACUUUCACUUUGCAACAUUGUAAAUAAAUCUUAAUUUUUGACUUGA